UUGCGCUCAGAGUAGCUCAUUCACAUGGCGCUUCCCUCUCCUGUGAGCAGCUCACAUGCUCUGAGCUAGGCAGGCUUAAAAUAAGUUUUCAAUGUUCCAAAAUGAUUUGACGUCAGACUCUAGCUAAUGUGGCAACUUUUAGUAGCCGUAUGCGUAGCCUACAACUGCAAGACUUUUCGGGAGUUUGAAAGCAUAAGAGUUUCUCUCUUUUUUUGGCCCGAGGUAAACGCGGAGCUAUCGGUGUUGGCAUGAAACGUAACAAUAUCUCGUCCCUGUGGUUUCACGACGGAACGGCUAUAUUUCAGGUGAGAUCAACUUCAUCUAUUUGGAGCGGGCCCACUCCAAAGCGCCGGGUACAUCGUCGGGAGCAGGUCAACAUCUGACUGCAUUAUGGCGAGCGGCGACGAGGAGAAGGGGAAAGUUGAUUUGUUAGAGGAUAACCGAAUUGACUCUGGUAUCGACUCUUUCAAGUCACUCACUAAAGACGAGCAUUAUUCCAAGCCUACACAAGAACUGAAUCCGGAUGAUGGAGAUGCUAAAGACAAACUCGACAGCGUGACCGAGGAACGCAAUGACUCUGCGUACACUUCAUCCUCUAUCACAGUCGACAACAUUACUGUCAUUUUAAAGAGUUGCUUGACUCCAGGCUCUGAUGACACGGAGAACGCCGAGACCCACAAUGAUCACAAGGAACAGGAAGUUAAUCCUCUAACCACCAUUACAGAUGAUGGAGACACCAUCCUGCACCUAGCCAUAAUCCACGAGGCUGUAGAUUUUGCAGAUCAGUUGAUCAAGCUGUUUCCCAAAGAGAUCCUGAACCUUCAGAACAACUUAUAUCAGACACCAUUACACCUGGCCACGUACCUGGACCUGCCGCCGGUGGUGCGGAGGCUGGUGGAGAGGGGGGCCAGUCUGGCCCUGCAGGACCACGAUGGGAACACCCCGCUCCACGUUGCCUGUGAGCAGGGCCGUGGGGAGUGUGCCAGUGAGAUGACCCGGGAUAUCCCGCCCAGCCAGCUCAUCCUGGUACUGGAAGCCCAGAACUGGAGAGGUAUCACCUGUCUCCACCUGGCUACGCUGCGCAGACGCCAUCGGCUCAUGAAGGUCCUCAUCAAGAAGGGCGCCUACCUGAACGCACAGGAAGGGACGAGUGGCAAGACCCCGCUACACAUGGCUGUGGAGCUCCACGACGUCACGGCCGUGACCCUGCUGCUGAACAAGGGGGCGAACGUCGACGCUGCCAUGUUCAAUGGCUGCACGCCGCUGCACCUGGCCGUUGGCAGGCAAGACGCCACCAUUGCCAACCUUCUGUGCCAUUCGGGCGCCGACCAGAUGAUCAGGAACAUGGAGGACGAGACAGCGCUAGACCUCGCCGAUGGAAACGAUGACAUCCUUGCCCUGUUCCCCUUUGAUGACAUUCAGAUCUCUGGAAGGUCCGUGGUCGGGGUGAAUUUCUAGAUCAAAGAGCAAGACGAGGCACGCUCAUAGAACAAGCCAAAAUGCCUUUCACUCACUGGGAACCUCAUAAUAUCUGUAGAUAUUUAAAUAUGUAUAGAAAACAGUAUCUCUAUCCAAAGCAACUACUGCUUCAAGUCCUUAGGAUUGAAGUACAUAUCAUGAAUUUUCAUCAUCGUGGCUUGAAGAAAUCUUACACCAUUAAAGGUACAAAUAUUUAAAGACAGUCUGUCAAGUUGAUUGUUAUAGUAUACAGUAUGUUGAUCUAAUCAGGCUAUUUUUCUCUUUUCUGAAAUAAGUUAUACAUCAUAGGCCUUUGUGCAUCUUGUAAUGGAAAAGUUUUGCUGUGUAUGAUUUAACAGUAGUUUUAUAGGAUGGGAGGAAUGCUUUCAACCACUUGUGCCCAGCAAGUUAGUGUUAGAUCAUCUCUACCUUGUAAAUUGUAAAUUUCAGUUGGCUGGAAUUGUUUUUAUGUUACAUUGUCUCAAGUGCAGUGCUCUCAGAUUUGUCACUAGGAAAUAUGGAAACAAUGGAAAUAUACCCUGGUCAGUUGAAACUAAUACGUUGUUCACAAAUAUAUCGCCUUUGGCAGUAAACCGUGUCUAAGACAUUGAUUUGAGAAAUGCACUCUAUUCUGAAGACUUUUCUUAUUUAAAUAAACGAUCAUACCAAGAUGGCUCUAUGUGGGUACGAGUUGGUGCCUCAUUUUGUUAUGAUCAUACUUGUACAGAUACGCUGUUCAUUUGAGUCGUGAGUAUCGUCAGGGGUUAACUGAUGGGUUUUACUGGAUGGCAUUCAGUUAGUUUCUCCAAAUUAACAACAGUAGUCUAUGUUUUCUAAUAAAAAAAAAUAAAAUGA